AUGCAGGAGGUCCUGCGCGGCGGGUCGCGGUCGGGGCUCGAGAAGAUCGAGGCCAGCAUUUGGCAGACCUACCAGGCCCUUCCGAAGAACGAGUUCGGGCACAUCGGCCCACGGGCGGUACGGUACCUGGUGCACAACUACUUCGCCAAGGAGCACGGCUGGCUCAUCAAGGGCCUGGAGCCUCACGGCCACCAGGCGGACAUGUCGCAGGUCCACGAGGUGAACAUCCUGCAGGACAAGGCCCCCGCCCUCGUGGAGUCCCUCCUCGAGGCGCAGCGAAGGGGCCGCGGCCUCGCGCUCCAGGACGCCGUGGCCAUGGUGGCUACCCUGGAGCGCCUCAUCUUCGAUGAGGCAGUGAUCCUGCUCCAUGCCGCGUACAGGCUCAACUCCGUGGUACCAGUCGUGCAGUUGGAUGAAGCAUCUAUGCACGAAGUACUAUCCUCGUACUUAGUACUCUUCGAGAUGGGCCAGAAGGCAGAUCUCAACAAUACCGACCUCCAUCGAGCUCUCAAGACGCGUGCAGCUGAAGUGUCCAGCAAUUGGCCGCUACUUGUGGAGUUUGAGCAGGACUCCCUGCACAACUACCUCUACGCCAACAAGGACAAGAGAAAUCCCUUUCUCGCAGUGCAGAUGUUCGAUUUCGAAGACGCCGUGAGCAUCGUGGAGAGCAUGGCUCACGGGUAUGGCAAGUGGCAAAACACAGAGUGCCAGCAAAUGAAGCGGGAGCUCAUGGACUUGGACAGCGAAGGUCACGGCCUGGUUCCCUUGGGCCGGUUCUACUCGCAGCCCGAGAACGCGGAGUACCACUUCACGGAGACGCGGGAGUAUCUGAGGCAGAUCGGGGCACUGCAGGAGUCCAGCGCGGGCCUCCACGUGCGCAUCGCCAACUACAUGACGGGGCCCUCCAACUGCAUCGCGUCGUCGUCCUACUACUCGGUCUGCUGCCUGAAUGAGUGCGAAGGCCUGAUGAACGAGCUGGAGGCCAAGGUGCUGGCACCGACCACGACACCCCACCGCCUGCUGGACCUCGUGGUGAACAUGUCCUCGGCCACGAUCGAUGCUCCGCGCCAGAUCCCGGCCGCACUGGAGCAGAAGCUGCACCUCAUCGCCAAGCACAACGAUGGCCAGGUACCCCUGCACGGACGCCUCUUCGCCCAGUGGAUGCACUACGCCUUCCCCCACGAGUGCCCCUACCCGCAGAUCGCCGAGGACGCCUCCGUCCUGACCCCGACAUACUGGGAGAAAGAGAAGUCGACGGUGAAUCGCACGGAAAGGGCCCAACUCGCAGAGGCGCAUCAUUCCAUCAGCGAGGCACCGCAGGUAGCGGAGGACGUCCUGGAGCUGUCUUGGUCGGAUCACGAGCUUCUGGUGGUUCAGGAAGUACCGAAGGCCGGGGGAAGUGUGCUCCGUAUCCUCAUGCAGCUGGCCCUACUACUCGGACUGUUGCACACCACGAUGCGCAACUGCAGCACCACCAUGGCUGCUGCGAAGAGAGAUUCCAAAGGCGGCCGGGCUGCAACGUGGGAACGCAGGACAUCAAGGAAACAGAUCCCGCAAAUUUGCUAUUUGAGUAUAACUGCACUCACAUUGUGA